UGCACAGUGUUGCUGUGAGCGGUCCUAAGGUGGUUUUGUGCGAAUCCCAUUCGACAACUUCCGUAACAGUGGAGUAUUGGCUGUUGAGGCACUGCUAGGGAGCUUGGCUAUUUAGCGGACAGCAAUAAUGGGAGCUCACAGAAGUGAUGAAAGAGGUAACUGGCUACAGGAGGAUCCUGCAGAGCAGCACCAGCACCAGUUAUCUUUGAACCCAUGGAACAUCAUGAUCAAGCACAGACAGGUUCAUCGAAGGGGAAGGCGAUCUCAAAUGGCAGUAAGUUUCACAGACCCUUCCAUCUCCAUGGAUUUACUUAGGUCAGUACUGCAGCCCAGCAUUAAUGAAGACAUUCAGGCUGUCAUUAGCAAAUACAUGAAGUUUUUUCAGAAAGCAGCCAGCAAUGUGAAGGAGAAUGUGGGUGAUGAGGUGCAGGCUGACCAACUGAUACGGGACACUUGUAGGAGCUGCCUGGAACACGCAAAACAGCUUUAUCCAGACAGUGACAAACCCAGUGUGAAGCCUCCCAUUGAUGGCCUGGUGAUGAAGCGUAGCAAACAGAUUGAUGAGGAAUCCAGUCAGAGAGGAAGUCCCAUUCAAAAAAAGAGGAAAGGUCGUCCACCUGGACCAGUCAUCAGUUUUGAUCGUGUUGCGCCUGUGGGAUUCUUGUCAAAGCCAAAGGUAGUUGAGCCUCUGAAGAGGGAUGGACCGAAGUGGGAUCCAACCAGGUUAAGUGAGAACACCACCUUUGUGCUUGGCUCCCGUGCAAAUAAGGCUCUUGGAAUGGGUGGUACAAGAGGCAGGAUUUAUAUCAAACAUGCAGAUCUAUUUAAGUAUGCAGCAGACCCUCAAGAUAAGCACUGGCUGGCAGAAAGGCAACACAUGAGGGCUACAGGGGGCAAGAUGGCUUAUCUUCUCAUUGAGGAGGACGUUCAAGACCUGGCCCAAAGUGAUGACUACAGAGACUGCCCAGAGCUGAAGCUUGAUGAGCUAAAGCCUUUCAGAGUGCCACUAUGGAUGAUUGAGAAAAUGCAGAAGACAAUGGACUCCAUGAGAACAGAGAAGGACUAGAUGUCAUGCUAUGAUCAAAAUCAGUUUUUUUUUUGGUGUCAUUUUUUGAUUCUUUGGACCUGCGGUGGGGAUGGCUGAGUGUGCCAAGCUUCUCUUACCUUCAGAACAUGUGGGACUCAAUUCUGCAGAGCGUGUGCGGUUAUUUGUGUGAAUUUUUUUUUUUUUUUAACUUUUUCCUAUUUCUUUUUUUUUUUGGGAACAUUUUGUUCUGUAUGUGAAAGUGAGACAUGUAUUGUAAGUCCUCUUUCAGCCACGACAACAGCUCAGUCACUGCUAUGACGGCAGAGUUAUCAGCUGGUGGUUCAGGGAGAGGACUUUCAGGACUGGAGCACAGCAAUGGGCACUUUGUUUUACUCAGUCAGCAGGCAGUUGUUUGUUUGGCUGUGUGUUUAUUGUGAAGCCAAUACUUCCUUCCAACCCUGUUUUUUACUUUGUAUCAUUUCUUCAUGGCCCUCUCAAUUUUGGUGGAGACUGUUAGUGGGUUUGGCAUUCACUAAAAGCAAGAAAUAAGCCCAAACAAAUGUACAUGCUGGUGUUUUAAUUACUGGGCUUUUCAUACAUUAAAAUGUAGAGCACUGGAAAAAAGACUAUUUUAAACACAUGACUGGGACUGCCCACUUCUAGUGUGGAAAUACUCUUAUUCCUCAUAAUGACGCUUAUUUUUUCUUUAAAUUUUAAAAGCUGUAAUUUAUUAAUUGCGUGUUUUCUUUAUAAUUUAUUUAAACAGUUCUACUCUGAUUAAUUUCCCCUGCUGCGGUGCAUUAUGUCCUUAAGCCUGCUUAGGUUUCUACCCGUCGUCCGAUUGCCGACUCCACAUUGAGAGUGGGGUGGUUUCCUAGGAUAGAUGUAAUAGUGUCAGUGUAGCAUUUCAUUAACAAAGUGUAGUUCUAUUAUAUUUUAAAUUACAGUGAAUGUGGUGGUGUGGGAGAAUUCUGUUCUUAAUGCUUCUGCUUGUCCACACAGUGUGGUCCUUUUAAGGUGUCUGUUGCUGGAGUACAGUAUGGGUAGAUAAUGUCAUUUGGUUGGGCUGGAUGCUGGGCCCAAAUCAAAGUAAUCCUGCUUCUUUGCUGGACUGGGAGUUGCAGUUCUGCACUGUCCUUGGGUCCAGCUUGCGGGAGGCGGAUGAGAAAUUGAGCUGGCUAUAUGCCAUUGUACAGAAAGCCAUAUUGUUCAGUAACAACAAAAUAGUGCAUGAAAAGAGGUCAGAGUGGAACACUGGGCAUCAGUUCUUUGUGGAUUUGGCCACAGUAGGAAGUCCAGUACAUUGCUUUAUUAGUGUUUACAACUGAUGGCCAGCGCACACACGUCUUUAGUCAAGAUAUUGAAGUCACUUACACACUGUUUGUUUUUAGACCAUGGUUAUGUUUUGAGAAUAGUUGUUUAUGUUUUGCAUAAUUAUACAACCUCCAGUUAAAUUUUGUUUUAUACAGUCAUAUGAAAAAGUUUGUGAACCCCUCUUAAUUCUUGGGAUUUUUGUUUCUCAUUGGCUGAGCUUUCAAUGUAGCAACUUCCUUUUAAUAUCUGACAUGCCUUAUGGAAACAGUAGUAUUUCAGCAGUGACAUUAAGUUUAUUGGAUUAACAGAAAAUAUGCAAUAUGCAUCAUAACAAAAUUAGACAGGUGCAUAAAUGUGGGCACCCCAACAGAGAUAUGACAUCAAUACUUAGUUGAGCCUCCUUUUGUAAAUCUAACAGUCUCUAGACGCCUCCUGUAGCCUUUGAUGAGUGAUUGGAUUCUGGAUGGAGGUAUUUUUGACCAUUCUUCAUACAAAAUCUCUCCAGUUCAGUUAAAUUUGAUGGCUGCCGAGCAUGGACAGCCUGCUUCAAAUCAUCCCAUAGAUUUUGGAUGAUAUUCAAGUCAGAGGACUGUGACGGCCAUUCCAGAACAUUGUACUUCAUCCUUCUGCAUGAAUGCCCUUGUAGAUUUUGAACUGUGUUUUGGGUCAUUGUCUUGUUGGAAUAUCCAACCCCUGUGUAACUUAAAUUUUGUGACUGAUGCUUGAACAUUAUCCUGAAGAAUUUGUUAAUAUUUGGUUGAAUUCAUCCAACCCUCGACUUUAACAAGGGCCCCAGUCCCUGAACUAGCCACACAGCCCCACAGCAUGAUGGAACCUCCACCAAAUUUGACAGUAGGUAGCAGGUGGUUUUCUUGGAAUGCGGUGUUGUUCUUCCGCAAUGCAACGCUCUUUUUGUUCUGACUCAAAUAACUCCAUUUUUAUCUCAUCAGUCCAAAGCACUUUGUUCCACAAUGAAUCUGGCUUGUCUAAAUGACCAUUUGCAUACAAGUGACUCUGUUUGUGGCGUGAGUGCAGAAAGGGCUUCUUUCUCAUCGCCCUGCCAUACAGAUGUUCUUUGUGCAAAUUGCACUGAAUUGUAGAACGAUAUACAGAUACACCAUCUGCAGCAAGAUGUUCUUGCAGGUCUUUGGAGGUGAUCUGUGGGUUGUCUGUAACCAUUCUUACAAUCCUGCAGAUAUGCUGCUCCUGAAUUUUUCUUGGCCUGCCAGACCUGCUGGGUUUAACAGCAACUGUGCCUGUGGCCUUCCAUUUCCUGAUUCCAUUCCUUACAGUUGAAACUGACAGUUUAAACCUCUGAGAUAGCUUUUUGUAGCCUUCCCCUAAACCAUGAGACUGAACAAUCUUUGUUUUCAGAUCUUUUGAGAGUUGCUUUGAGGAUCCCAUGCUGCUCUUCAGAGGAGAGUCAAAGGGAAGCAGAACUUGCAAAUUGACCACCUUAAAUACCUUUAUAUCUCAUGAUUGGACACACCUGUCUAUGAAGUUCAAGGCUUAACGAGCUCAUCCAACCAAUUUGGUGUUGUAAGUAAUCAGCAUUGUUACAUAGUGACAGGCAUUCAAAUCAGCAAAAUUACAAGGGGAUCCACAUUUUUGCACAGCCAGUUUUUCACAUUUGAUUUAAUUUCAUACAACUAUAUACUGCUUCACUAAAAAUCUUUGUUUGGAAAACACCCCAGUACUCAGAUGUUCCUAGGAAAUGAAAGACAUACCACUGUUAUCUUUUUUGUUGAAAGGAGAGAAAAUUAUUAUGCAGGCUGAGAGGGGUUCCCAAACUUUUUCAUAUGACUGUAUAUCACCUGUUGGGACCGUGAGGGGCUAAGUAGUACUACAGGUGAAGUGGUCCUGGGUGACCCUGGGAAUAAAACAUCUCCUGACAGGUCAAAGUAGGAGACAGUACCACAUGCCCGUAGGCGCAGCGUGACAGCUUAACAAACCGAGUGUGGCGGAGUGGACUCUGCCCGUUGGACUGUUAUCUGUUGCAGUUUGUUUUUUUUUUUUGUUGUCAGUGUCUUUAAAUUUUGGCUUAUUUUAACAUUAUCAUUCUUUUGAAUAAUACUAAAGUUAAAGCCUUGUAAAAUAUUGGAUACAAGUUGUACACAUUUCACAGCUAAUAGUAAGAAUCAUUACAAUAAAAUGGUGACUAUUUUCAUAGACGUGAUUCCAAUAGUGUGCAUUUCACUACCUUUCUGAAAUGGCUGACAAAAACAAAUGUCGGCCAACUCCUCUAACCCAUACACUGCAUACGCUAGUCCAGAGGAGAGUGACUGGGCUGAUGUCAGGGCUGCAGGGGAUGAAUUAUGAGAAAAAAGAUUAAAAGAGCUGAGGCUUUACAGUUCAAGCAAAAGGGAAUUAAGAGGUGACAGGAUUGAAGUGUGUAAAAUUAUAAAGGGAAUUCGUACAGUGGAUCGAGACUGUUAUUUUAAGAUGAGUUCAGCAAGAAUGCGGCAAAACAAUCGAAAACUAAGAGUAAAUUUCACACUUGCAUUAGGAAGUUUUUCUUCACCCAGAGAACCACAGACACUUGGAAUACGCGACCAAAUAGUGUGACGGUAAGACUUUAGGGACUUUCAAAACUCAAUGUUAUUUUGGAAGAAUUUAGUGAAUAGGACUUGUGAGCUUUGUUAGGUUGAAUGCCCUGUUCUCGAACAUUCUAACAUCCUCUGCUCUUUAUAUUCAUGGACAGGUUAGCCAACAGGGUGUAAUUUCAUAUUUUAACAUAUUCUCUUUUUAUUCCCAUGCCCAGAUCCUUUGUUACGGUGACACAUACAUAUAUCCUCCACCCCAUUUCUUGUUCUCUUAUCCUUGUAAAACUUUGGGAACUUUAAAAACUCAACCCGAUAUUUUAUUUAAAAGAAUUCAUUGGCAGGGACUGGCGAGCUUUGUUGGGCUGAAUGGCCUGUUCUCGUCCAGAUUCUUCUAACGUUUGCACUUGUGACUGCAGAA